CGAGGAAAUCCUCCAAAGCCUUCUCAAAUUUACCGUUCCGAUGCGGCACAUAACUUAAGGUUUCUUCCUUUUCUGACAUCGCUCAAUCACAUUAAUGUUUUAAGACAUGUCAGUCACUAGGCUCAUACUGUUUUAUAUACGCAUAAAUAAAAACCACGGCAACUCCGUGCUCAAAAGUGAAAGCAUUCAACCCAACUCAACCCAACCGACAGGGUCCAUAUUUGUUUAUUUUUAUUUUGUUUUGUUUUUGUUAUGAUAACUGAUAAUAAAACCAAGUAUAAAAUAUAAAAGUUCACUGAUGCCCGCAGAAAUUUCACCAUUUGCAAGGUUUCAGUUUUACAUUUAAUAUUCUCGUCUAUUUGUUCAUCUUAAGUAAGAUUAUUUUUUUGAGUUAAAAUGCAGCCAAUUCUUAUUGUCCAAGGCGGAGCAGGAGACAUAACAGACAGUCGAGUGCCUGGAAAAUUGACUGGCAUUAAGAACUCCAUUCGUAUUGGAAUCAAAAUUCUUGAGAAUGGUGGCUCUGCAUUGGAUGCCGUAGAACAAGCGGUUCGUAGUAUGGAACUCGAUGAAAACUUCAAUACCGGUUACGGAGCUUGCCUAAAUACUGAUGGUGUGGCCGAAGUGGAAGCUAGCAUUAUGGAAGGUAAAAACCUGAAAGCUGGAUGUGUAACUCUCUUGCAUGACAUAAUGCAUCCGAUUUCGGUGGCACGAAAAGUCAUGGAGAAAACCAAUCAUACGUUUAUUGGCGGAGAACAGGCUAUGAAUUUUGCUCGUUCUCAAAACUUUGAAGUAUUGCCUCAGGGCUCGCUGGUCACAGAAAAUGCAAAGUUAGCAUUAGAAGAAUUUAAAGAAAGCCAAGCAAAAGGUCUCGAUACGAUUUUCUCUCCAACUGAGUUAGAUAAAAAGUCUGUAGGAGAAUUGGGAGAGACAGUUGGUGCAGUUGCUAUUGAUGUUAAUGGAAAUAUUGCAGUGGCAACAUCAACCGGUGGAAUCACAGGAAAAAUACCCGGUCGAAUUGGAGAUACUCCAAUUUUGGGCUGUGGAACUUAUGCUGAUAAUGAAAUCGGUGGUGUAUCCACUACAGGUCAUGGUGAAACUAUUAUGCGUUAUAAUCUAGCCCAGCGCAUCUUACAGGGUAUAGCUCUUAAAGGAGUGAGUUCCCAAAAGGCAACAGAAGAUACUAUUAAGGAAAUGACUCAAAGACUGAUCGGAACGGCAGGAGCCAUUACAAUUGACAAGAAAGGAGAUGUUGGAAUUUAUUUCUCUUCAAAAAGAAUGGCCUGGGCAUAUACGCAAGGAAAUCAAUUGAUUUAUGGCAUUAAUCCUGGUGAAAUCUUGAAGGAAGAUUUGUAGAUAUUUUUAAUAAACAUUUUUGUAUACAUUUGA